AGACGAUAAUUUAGUGGCCCUGGUCUGGUGCACGUUGUUUUUAUUAUUGGUUUUGAUGUUAGUAUAAAUAUGCAGCGAAAGGACCCAAAUCCAUUUCUGAAGCUCGGCUUACGGCCGUGGUUAGCCAAACAGUUGACUAAAUUAGGUCUUAAGGGAGUAACGCCAAUACAAGAGAAUUGUAUACCAGCAAUUUUAUCCGGUAAGGAUUGUAUAGGUGCCGCUAAAACAGGCUCAGGCAAGACCUUUGCUUUUGCCUUGCCGAUUUUGGAGAAGCUGAGCGAGGAGCCAGUCAGUCAUUUCGCACUGGUGCUAACACCCACACACGAGCUGGCCUACCAAAUCUCCGAACAGUUCCUCGUAGCUGGUCAGCCUAUGGGAGUUCGGGUGUGCGUUGUCUCUGGUGGCACAGAUCAGAUGAUAGAGAGUCAAAAGUUAAUGCAGCGACCACACAUUGUUGUGGCCAUGCCCGGACGCCUGGCAGACCACCUAACAGGCUGUGACACAUUCUCCUUUGAUAACCUCAAGUACUUGGUCGUGGAUGAAGCGGAUCGAAUGCUGAAUGGUGACUUUGAUGAGAGCUUAGCUAUAAUUGAACGCUGUUUGCCGAAAACCCGGCAGAAUCUAUUCUUCUCUGCUACCAUGAAGGACUUUAUGAAAGAGUCAAGCAUAUUUCCCAUAGCAAAAGAUUUAGUGGAAUGGUCACAGGAGUCAGAUGUGGCCACAGUGGAGACACUUGAACAGCGUUAUUUGCUGUGCGCUGACUAUGAUCGUGAUAUGGUGCUCAUUGAAGCAUUACGAAAGUUUAGAGAAGAAAAUGAAAAUGCGAAUGUCAUGAUUUUUACCAAUACAAAGAAAUACUGUCAACUGCUCUCGAUGACGCUCGCCAGCAUGGAAAUUGACAAUGUGUGCCUGCAUGGAUUUAUGCGACAAAAGGAACGAGUUGCAGCACUAAGUCGUUUUAAGUCGAAUCACAUACGCACGUUAAUUGCUACGGAUGUGGCUGCACGUGGCUUAGAUAUACCCAGUGUGCAGCUGGUAAUCAAUCAUAUGUUGCCACGUACACCCAAGGAAUAUAUCCAUCGAGUGGGACGGACAGCGCGGGCGGGUCGCAAAGGCUUGGCUAUUUCUAUAUUUCGUUUUCCACGUGAUCUCGAAUUACUGGGCGCUAUUGAAGCUGAAAUUAAUUGCAAACUAACGGAGCAUCCUGUAGAUCAGCGUAUGGUGGAGCGCAUAUUCAUGCAGGUGAAUGUCACAAGACGCGAAUCGGAAAUGCAACUGGACAACAAUGACUUCGAUGAGCGUGCUCAAAACUACAGACGGAAAACUUGGAUUAUGGAGGGCAAGGAUCCCGAUGAAAUGGAAGCACUCUAUCGGAAGAAACAAAAGGAUAAGCUGCGCGAAAUACGCCGCAAGCGAAAGCAGCAGCAGGCGGAGUUGUGCGCCAGCGAGGAGGGCAAGGCUUUAUUAAAUGAUGAUCGCUUCAACACUUUGGACAGUGCGCGAUUUGAGAAGAAAUUUAAAAAACGCCCCGUAAAAGAUGGAUCCGAAAAAAAGGCACCACAAAAACUAAGUAAAACAAACGCAAGCAAAACAAAAACAAAAUCAAAAUUAAAAUCAAAUACAAAGUAA